AUGGACUUUGCGGAUCUAGAGUCUACUACAGGUUUGAGGUUUAGUUGGGUGGUCUGGCCCUGCUCUCACGAGGACGCAGAGAAGGCGGAGGUGCCAGUAGGCUGCCUUUUCACUCCUCUGAAACAGCCAGAUGAAGAGUCUCAAAAAGUUCCUCUGGUGGAGUAUAUCCCAAUAAGGCACAAGCAGAGCGGAAUAUUCCUGAACCCGUACUGUAACAUAGAUUUCAACACCAAGAAGUGGAUGUGCCCAAUCACUAAAAUUUAUAGUCCAUUCCCCCAGUUUUACGCAGAGAACAUCAGCCCACAAAACCUGCCAAUGGAACUCACAAAUCUAACCAUGGAGUACAUCAUACCGCCGAACGUAACUGGUGGCUGUUUCCCACCAACAUUUAUCUUUUUAGUUGACGUUUGUAUUCCACAGGAGGAGCUUGAUCAACUUAAGGAUUCGCUACAACAAGUAUUGAGUAUGUUGCCGGGUGAAUUUAAUAUUGGGUUCAUAACAUUUGGCUCAGUUAUAAAGGUACACGACCUGAGCGACAGCGAGAUUCCCAGGUGUUUUGUACUUAGAGGAGGAGCAGAGCACACGACGGAAUAUGUUAAGCGAGUGCUGAACAUAGCUCAGAAUAACCGCUUCGUCCAGCCUCUGAGCGCUUGCGAGUUUGUAAUCAAUGACUUUUUGGAGCACCUAAUCCCAGACUCCUGGCCAGUGCCUAAUAACAGCAGACCUAACAGAUGUACAGGAAGCGCAUUGAGUGUGGGUCUGAGUUUGUUGGAAUGUUUUGCCCAGGGGAAGGGAGGUCGAGUGAUGAUGUUUCUAGGUGGAGCAUGUACUCACGGUCCAGGAAAAAUAGUGGAAACAAGCCUUUCAGAGUCAAUUAGGCAUCACCUGGACCUUCAAAAGGAAAGCCACAACGCAAGGCUGGUUAAGGACGCACAAAAAUAUUACUCAGGACAGGCGAAUUUGGCGGCAGGAAAUGGCCACGCCAUUGACAUUUUCGCAUGUUCGCUAGACCAAUCGGGACUCUUUGAGAUGAAGGUGUGUUGCGAUAAGACGGGUGGGGUCAUGGUCAUGUCAGACUCAUUUAGCAUGAGUGUGUUUAAGGACUCUCUGAAGUCAGUAUUUAAGCGAGAUGGUGAGGGUAACAUGGUAGGGGGAUACAACGCACGCCUGACUGUGUUUACUUCUCCUGAGUUGAAGGUUUGUGGGAUCGUAGGAGGAUGUCAUUCUCUGAAGAAAAAGGCUACAAACGUCUCUGAAAACUUAAUUGGAGAAGGAGGCACGAACGAGUGGAACCUGGGAGCUUUGGACCGCCAGUCAACCUUGGCAGUUUUCUUCGACAUUGAUAGCGGAAACAAUAGCGUAUUAACAAACGCAAUGAACGCAGUUGGCCUAAAUGUGGGGGCAGUAAGUAUGAAGAACACGACUAACGUGAAUAAGGACGCAAACUCACUGUCUGGACGUCAGUCUUUUGUCCAGUUUCAAACCGUUUAUUUCCACCCUGACGGGACAAAAAGACUAAGAGUCACUUCAUUCUCUUGUAAAUAUGGACAACCAAACCUCUCAGAUUUAUCAAAUGCCUUUGAUCAGGAAGCUGCCGCAGUAUUAAUGGCCCGCUACGCCUUGUAUAAAAUUAGCACUGAGGAUCCUCUCAAUGUUCUCCGCUGGCUUGAUAAGAAGUUAAUUAGCCUAGUCGGCCGUUUUGCAGAUUACCAGAAGAAUGACGUUAACUCGUUCCGUUUAUCAAGUCAAUUCUCCAUUUACCCUCAGUUCAUGUAUCAUCUGAGAAGGUCACACUUUUUGCAAACUUUCAAUGCUUCACCUGAUGAAACAGCUUUCUAUCGCACUAUUUUGUGUAGGGAAAACGUCAUAAACUCGUUAAUAAUGAUACAGCCUGCCCUUUUGGAAUAUUCCUUUGAAAGUCAAACGCCCCAGCCUGUUUUAUUAGAUGCAGUUUCUCUGAAGAAAAACGUCAUACUCUUGCUUGAUACCUUCUUCCAACUUGUCAUUUGGUAUGGAGAAACCAUACAUCAAUGGCGCGAACAAGGAUUUCAGGAUGAUCCUAAUUACGCACACUUUAAGCAAUUGUUACAGGCUCCUUCGGAUGAUGCCAGGCACAUUUUAGAUGAGCGUUUCCCAACUCCCAAGUUCAUUUUAUGUAAUCAGGGUGGUAGUCAGGCUCGGUUUUUGCUUGCAAAGGUUAAUCCUAGCACUACUUACACUUCGGGUUUGCAGGAGUUUGACGGCUCAACUGCCAUAAUUAACACUGACGACGUUAGUCUCAAGACAUUUAUGGAGCAUUUGAUAAAACUGGUUGUACAAUCUUAA